UUCUUUUACCUCUAUUAACUGUGUUGGCGCGAUCUUUUUGUAAACACACAUUGGUUUUUGUAUCCAGCUUCUUCAAUUAAAGCAAAAAUGUCUGAAGAAUUUGAGAAUAUGACUGUAUCCCUAACCUUCAGCGAGCUCCAGGCUAUAGACCAGGAGGAUAUCAUCUUGCUAGUAGACGUGGAUUCGGCAGUAAAUAUCUCUAAUGCAUGUAUCGCUAACAAAUCCGCCGAUCGUAUAGAAGUCUUGACCUUGUGGAUCAGUAAAUUGUUAAAGGCGUAUCUGGAGGAGUCUGUGUGCUGCCUCCGAGCCGUUAAGGAAAUGUGCCAAUGGUUUUAUCUUGAGUCAGACCAUUCCAAAGGAGUUAACAGCGAUCAAAAAAAACUUUUCAAGGAGACCCUUGCAUUCUUAAUCGUAUCCAGGAAUCAUUUGCUAAAAGCAGGCGAACGUUUGGUGCACUUCUUUGCCUAUCUUCUAUUAACAAUGAUUGACUUUAUCCUUGGAGAAGGCAAAGAAACUGAGCAGCAGCUUCUUGCAGAUCUUCAAUUAGCAGUGCUUUCCCUGCUAAAAGAGAAUACCUCCGAAGCAAAAACAUUCCACCCUCGCAUCACGCCCUUGAUGCAGAGGAUAAUUGAAAUCGCAGAUUUCGAAAGAAGAACACUUGAGGAUCUAGAGUUACCUGUAAAGACAAGCGAGACAAUUACUUUUAUGUGCGUGCACUACAUGUCGUGCGUUAAUCUCAAGGACGAACCAUUACCCCAAUGGCUCAAGGAAACGGUUUUGCAUCUAUGCAAAAUGGUUCUCGGUUAUUUGGAGGGUCUUUACGAAAAUGAUGUACUUACUGUUCCCGCGGAAAAUUUAAAAGGGUUUAUGGAAGUCGUGAGGGCCUAUUUCUUAAUGUUGCAGCAGAUUUUCAGUAAUAGUGCAACGCACGUUGACCAGGAUGUAGCUGUUUGUCUUAUGGAUCUGUUCAUGUGUGAGGAAGCUACAUCAUCAUAUUAUUCCGACAAGGAUAUUCAACACCUUAUAUCUUCGUAUGUGAGACCAAAUAUAAUGGAACUGUAUGAGCUGGUUUACUCAUUCGACGAAUGUCAAGAGUAUUUACUAUCCAGUAUUCUUGGUCCACCAGAAGAGGAUUACUUCGAGGUUUGCAUAGAUUUUGUAACUGCUGUAUCUACAGACGAAGCGGUUGUCCUUCCAAAUACUUGUCAAACCCUUAAGAAAAUCUUUGAAUAUUUGUUUAAAGAUUCCACCAACUUUGUCAAUGCCGAGCGCUACGAACAAGUAAUGGAUUCUUUUGGUAGUCUUCUUUAUUUGGUGGCCAACAGAGAACUGCAUAGCUAUUUCUGUGCUGGCAUAUUUCAAAAGGAUAUAAUCACAUCCCAAGUGUGUGCUGAUAUACUCAUGCUGUGUUAUCGCUUGAAAGAGGAAAAUAAAUGUUGGAGCCUUAGCGCUAUAGAACAGGCUGUGGCAUUCUGGAAUAAGUGUAACAACUCGUAUUCCAUGUUUUCACACAAUCCCAGCCAAUGGCAUGUGCAGCGUUUCCUGAAGUAUUUUCACUGUCUGGGAAAGCUGGAACUUCCUGCCUUGAGCAUUCGGAAUUAUCGCCACCUCUUGGCAGUUAUUACUGAAGACGAACAUAUAGGAAUAAAAUUAUUGAAGCGCUUGGACUGUGUCUCAUCUUCAGUCCCCACAAAAGUAGAGGUCUACUAUGAAAUGACUGCUCUUCUAGAACUUUUGGUGAAACACAGAAACACCGACUGUUCCCAGUGGUUUCAGCGGACAUCAGAAAUGGCCAAGCAACUAAUGAGUCUAGAAAAGAGUACGACCUUCACUAGUACCUAUUUUAAACUGUUGGGUAGUGCUAACAAAUCCACCCAGUUGCUGAUAUUACGGGGACUAUCUCCAGACAAUGGAUGCACCAACUGGCACCGACAAAGAUUCAUCGACGCUUGCAAAGUCAGCGAUGAUGCCCAACUAAAAGCAUUUAGUGCCCGCCACUCAAUCGAAGCUGAAGUACAGCUGUUGCUGCAGGCCUUGCGACAGAAACCCAAAACUGCAGAUACAUUAGUAGAUGGUUUACUUGAUGUCAGUAAAUUGAGCUACACGCGAAACUCGGAGCACAAGUGCUUAGUUUCUAGCCUGAAACGUAAGCGGAGUGAAAUACCGACCAAGCAAAUCCUACUCGACAUUUAUGAGAGCUCCCUUCAAUUAAGCCAGAGCAGAGAGGACUUUGAUGCUACCGAUUGGGAUCUCCUCAAAAAAGUUUUGGCUAACUUGAGCAGCAUUUUACCAAGACCUUAG